AUGUCAAUUAAGGUCGCAAUCAUUGGCGCUGGGUUAAUCGGCCCCCGUCACGCCAAGUCCGUCAUCGCCAAUCCCGCCACGGAACUAGUAGCCCUAGUCGAUCCAAUGCCGACCGGCUCGACAACAGCCUCAGGGCUAGGAACAAACUACUACUUGACAGUCGCAGAGUUAUUAAAUUCACCCGACCGCCCCGACGCCGCAAUCGUCUGCACACCCAAUCACACCCACGUCCCCGUGGCAAAAGAGCUUCUGAAUGGCAACGUGCACGUCCUCCUGGAAAAGCCAAUCAGCGACACCCUUGAAACCGGCCGGUCACUGUUAGAACUGGCGCAUGCCCCCGAAAACGCACAUCUGAAGCUCCUAGUCGGCCAUCAUAGACGUUUCAACCCCUAUGUGCGAGCCACCAAGUCGAUUCUUGAAAGCGGAUCACUUGGCCGUCCGAUCGCGAUUAAUGGCCUGUGGACCUUAUACAAGCCCGAGUCCUAUUUUGCCGGGAACGGGUCGUGGCGCGCAUCUAGCGAACGGGGUGGCGGCGUGAUUCCGAUCAAUCUAGUCCACGACAUCGAUCUAAUGCACCACUUUUUCGGCCCGAUCGUCCGCGUCCAAGCCGAGAAGAUUCUCCCCCAGCGUUCUGCCCCACCACACGAUGCAGACGAAGGCGCAGCAUUGACAUUCCGAUUCGCGUCUGGAGUCGUAGGCUCAUUCAUGGUCUGCGAUGCGACUCCUUCCCCGCACAAUUUCGAGACUGGAACCGGGGAGAACCCCAUGAUUGCCAGGUCAACUGCGACUGCCGGGGAUGCCGGGGAUGGAUCUGACUUUUACCGGAUCUUCGGGUCCGAUGCUUCGCUUAGUGUGCCUGAUUUGACGCGGUGGAGUUAUGAUGGGUUUGCGGAGAAGAGUUGGUCCAAUCCUUUGAAGGUUGAGAAGAUUGAGUUGCCGGAUCAUGCUGCGCCGUUUGAUUUGCAGCUGGCGCAUUUCGUGGAGGUUAUUCGUGGUCAGGCGGUGCCGAGCUGUUCUGGUGAGGAAGGCUUGCGUGCUUUGAUUGUUUGUGAGGCUGUUCAGAGGGCUAUGCGGACUGGUCAGCCUGUUGAUAUUGAGGUUGAUCUUCUUGCGCAGUCGAAGGAGUGA